AAACUUAACACAUUUUAUAUAUUGCUUACUAAUUUAUAAAAAUUGAAUUUGAAAUUCGUUAUAAAGACUUGAUAAUAUCUACAGGUUAAAUGAGUACAGUGCUGCCAUUGACUAGUGCAAUACCAUUGUACGACAUGGCCGUCUUCAUGAUAAACAUCUGUAAAUUUAAUGGCUGUGGCAUAACAUUUCCAAGAUUAGCGGACUUAAUUGAACACAUCGAAGAUGUCCAUAUCGAUUAUGAUCCAGCUGUAAUAGAACAGAAAGAAGCUUCACAACCAGCAUGUAUCCCGCUAAGUUAUGUCCUAAAGUUUAUCUCGGAGGCUUCGAAGCGGGAAAACCAGAACACAGCGCCCGCUCCCGAUGUCCGCCGCCGCCUCCUGUCUGCACCCAAGACUCCUUCAGUCCGCAGCAGCACCCCCACUGGAAGCGAGAUGGAUGAAGACGAGCUGGUUAGUCCAUCUGAAGACAGCAAUGACUCGUGGACGACGGCCGAAGAGUACAGCUCAGAGUUCAUACUGCGCUAUGGAGUUAAGAUGAACGCUAGCGCGUCGUCCGGGGCCCUGGGUCCCGCUGCACAGGAGAAACCGUUUGCCUGUCCGGUGCCCGGAUGCAAGAAGAGAUACAAGAACGUGAACGGAAUCAAGUAUCAUUCCAAGAAUGGACACAAAAAGGAUGGCAAGGUAAAAAAGGGCUACAGAUGCCCAUGCGGCAAAAGCUACAAAACGGCGCAAGGGCUUAAGAGUCACUCGAUCACCCAGCACAUCGCGUCCAGUCAGCCGUCGACAUCCGAACACAAGCUGCACGCGGCCAAGAUGACGGGGCUCGUGGUGACCAGCUCGCCGGCUCAGUCCAGGACUCUGAACCUGCUAGAUGCAGUGGACGGGAACAAGCUGGUGCGUAUCUACGACUCGCUGAAGGGGUCACUGCCCAAGCCUGCGGCGGUGAGCGUGGCCCCGGGGUCCGGCGUGCUGGCGACGAGCGUGGGGCUGCUGGGCGCGGCCGGCGCCGACAAGCUGCGCCUGGAGCGCGCGCCCAAGGUGUCGGCGCCGGCCGGCCACGCCGCGCACGUGGCGUCCGUGGCCUGGCCGGUGUACGGAGCCGACGCGCCCCACUGAGCCCGCUCGCCUCCACUCAACGAAUUUAAGUCACUAGUAUAGUAUACAUGCAGUUCCUAAAAAAAGUGAAAAAAAAGUAAUUUAUUUACUGUCGUCAUAUGAAGGUGUUUACCUAUGUGUAUAUCGUUGAUUGUGCUUGUGCAUGCUUUUAAUUUAUAUCAUAUUUUGCACAAAUACUACCCAUCGCACCUUCGUCUACAGAGGUAGAAUAAUUGUUUCUCAAAGAGAUAGGAGAGUUAUAUUUAUUUGUUUUUGUUUGUUUGUUUGAGAUUUUAUGUUGAUUAGUGAGUAUUUAUAAGUUAUUGGAACGCUAAUUUUUUUAUUCGUUUCGAUUACAAGGAGAUGCGGUGGAGAGCUAAAUAUUAUUUGAUUUUGUUUGUUGAUCAAACAGAUUUUGUGUUUAGCAGAAGUAGGUGUUACCAGCUUGUAUAUUGACUACAUAUGACGUCUUGGUAAACAAUGUUGGUCCCCGUAGUAAGCUGCGACGGCUGUGUGACCUGCCGUACGUGUCGUACGACAGGUUGUACAAAUACAAUGUGUGAUGUACUGGUCAAGUGUAUGGAGAGCGUUUUAUGUUAAUGUAAGUGUCCCCGCUCGAUUAUUACCUAUAUAAAAUUUUCUGUGAUCUCUAGCGUCGGGGAUUAUGAUGAUUGUGUGUGCUGUAACUUCACGUGAUGUCGUACGACAUGUGUUACAUCGUACGACAUACCUUCGUAUCUCUUUGUGCCAUUAUUUCUAACAUGUGUACUUAAUCGUAUAUUUCACGCGAAACGCUUUACGUUCAUAAUGGUUUAAAUAAGAUUUCACAAUGUUAGAUUUUUUAAAUUAAGAUAAAAAGAAAACAAAGAAAAAAUAGCGUUCACUUAAGUAUCUUUUUGGAAUUAGAAUAAAAGUCAUACUCGUAAAUGUGAUAUGGUAUUUAUAAAAAAAGUAAAAAAAAAUGCUUAUAAGCGUCACGUAUUUAAAAUACCUAGUUUUUAAGGCUGGCAAAGUUUGUUUGUUCUUGAUAAUAUGAUAAAUGCGCUAAAUGUGUAGGUUUUGGUGCCUUUUUUAUUUAUUCUUGGUUUUGCAGUGCAAGUACUGAUCAUAGUUAUUUUGGAACUUAGUAUAGAGGUAGUUUUGUGGCGAAAUAACUGUUUGAUACAGAAAAAUAACUGUUUCAUGUUAACAGGUAUACAGUACCUAGGUACUUUAGAACUGUCGGUUCACAAAAGGAGCUUAUAUAAUAUGUAGACGAACUUUGCUACGAUUACGUACCCACAGAUAUUUAUUUUGCAUAACUAUUAAUACGUAAACAUUGUAAUAACCGCUUUAAUAUGUUCCUAACAUAGAAAAACUGACUAUAAAAUUAUAAAUAUGACAUUUUUAAAAUUAUUAAGUAUAUUAUAGGCUGUUACACAAAUUAAAAGUACGUCAUUCGUAGCAAAUGUUCUAAAAACAUUUAGUUAGGAACUAUCAAAAUAUAUCCUUUCGAAAUAUUGAAAUAAAUGGCUGGAUAGUGUUAGGCAAAAAAAGGUUGAGGUGCUACCAAAAUAGUGAUUUGGCGUAAACUGUGAAUGAUGUUAAAUUAUAGUGUAUAUGUAUGUAUGUAUGAUUGUAUGUAUAACAGUUCCAAAGCGAAAUUAUAAUUAUCUAAAGAUUAUAAGAUUAGUAUGGUCACGGUGCUUAACGGGUAAAAAGUGUGAUAUUUGGAUUAUAAAGUAUGUUAGUGCGACUACCAAAGAAACGACAUUUUAACUAAAACUACUAUGGCUAUUUUUCGUAUAUUUUAACUCAAAUACUGAAAUGGUUCUCAAUUUUAAGUUGCUCUUUAAUAUCAUGCUAUUUGUUCAUUAGUACUACAUUUGUAGUAGUUUUAUAGUCAUUAGGUACUCCAGUACCUAUUAAGUUUACUCACGUAACUUUUCGAGGAUGCUCGACUACUUUCGAACCAAAACCGGGGCUCAUAAUUAUGAACAAAAAUCCUCGUGUCAUCGUAAUAUAAAAAUAGUGUUAUAGUUAUCUGUAAAUUGAGUAUGUUUCAGUGUUUGGGCGUAUUUCACAACUUUGUCUUAUGGACGAACGAUACGAUAAUGCUGUUUUUGAAAAAUGAUACGUUUUAAAAAUAUAUUCUUUUGUUUGUUGUGCCUUACUGGGUUGUCCCUAUGUUUUAUUUGUUAUUUAAGUGCAUUGUGCAGGGUGGAUGGGACAAGGAAGGUGAAUUGAAAUCUUUGUUUCAUUACAUUACAAAUUUUUAAAAUUAAAACUGUUAAAAAGUGUUUUUUUCUAAAGCCAGAGCCUGUGUGAAUAUGUUGCGUAUAGGCAGACGUGUAUCAUCGUAGGCUGCAGCAUUGCUUACCACCAGGCGAGAUAGUGGACAUACGGCGCCCCAACAAAAAUAAUAAAUGAAUAAAUUUUGUUUUUUAAUUUUGUAAAGAUAAUUAAAGGGAGUGUAAGGGAUACCAAUUUAAAGAAACAACUACUAAAACAAAAUGUAUUGAAGCCAAGAUUUCAGUAGGCCUUUUAGAACCCUUCCUUAAAAUUAUAGAUUAAAAAUGUCGUAUUCAAUUGAGGGUGUUCAAAGAAAGAGUGGGUUUUGGAAACUGAAUGCGACUGAUGAAAAUAGUACGGAACUUAUAUUUCAGAAGAUAUUUUAAAAUUGCUACUUAGAGCGACAGUCUUCAAGCAUUUAGUGAAGAAACCCACAAUUUCGUCUUAAUUAAAUUUUAACUGUGCACAUGAAUGUAUAAGAUUCAUUUUACCUUGCCAUGAAAACAAAUUUCAGCAUUCGUUCUGUGGCAAUGUAAAUUGAGCUUUAAUGUUUAGGCGACUAGGUCUACAUUAACAUAGCCUAUGUUUAUCGAAGUGCCGGUCGCUUAAACAUUAAAAAAAGAAAUGAUAAAUGUGAUCUAAAUGACUGGGGAUGAAGGCUGCAAAUUAAAAGGUUCGCGAUAUAAUUAAAAAAUAUAAACAACGCACCCGCCAUCUUGCGGGAGUUUGGAGUACUAACACGUCGGUUACAUUCAAAUUAUUGUAUUGCUAUUCGCUAAGUUUAAUGAAUUAACACGAUGAGAUGGGAAUUUGAACUUUAACAUUUUAAAAUAACGUUCUAUUCUCAAUGGCAAUUAGUUUUGCAUGUAAAUGGAAAAAGUCACAUCGGCGAUUAGAUUCUUUAUUGUUACUGGAAAAUCAACUUAGUAUCUAAUACGAUAUAGAUCAUUUCUAGUUGACAAUAAAAGUUCUGUCUCCUCUCAUCGGAUUUACUUUAGUAUGUAUAAUGCCAUUGUAUGAGGCAAUUAUUAAAAUGACGUGUAGGGGGAGCAAAGUAUCUCAUGAGUGUUACAGUUGUACUAUUCGAAUCGUUCAUUUACAUUGUAGAUGAUUUUGUUUUUUUUUUGGAAUCCAUUACUACACUUUUUUUUUUUUAAAUGGCCGAGAUAUUUCAUGGUCGCUUUUGGUCUAUAAUAUAAAAAUGUUAGUGGGUUUAUUACACUGUUAUUUAGUGAUUUUAAAUACCAUUUUUAACGCAGUUUGCUUAUUCAAUUUGUUUUAAAAGUACGCAAGUGUGCCCAGAGCGUUAAAAGUAUCAACAAAAUUUGAUCAAUGAUUUGUGAAUGCAAAUCGGUCAAACAACAAAAAAUGUUUUUUUUUAUUCCUAUAGAUAACAAAAUGUUAAAUGAAAAAGACAGAAAUAAAGAAAUCUCGGCCAUAUUAACAUAACAUAAAUAAUUUAAUAAAUACCCAAAAAUAUGACAUGAAUCAAUUCCAUAGAUGUGACGUAGUUUUAACGUGUUUAAUGUAUUAAUUUAUUAUAGUAACAUUAAAUUUUUGUAACGGGUAACCCCGUAUUCGAUUUGCUUAGAAACUGACGCUGGCUUCAAAAUUAGCUGUCUGUCUGUUUGUCUAUAGCAUUCGAUGUAACAUUACUUUAUGUAACCAAAGUAUAUUUUGAUAUUACUCUAGACAUGUGAACAAACCUUAUUCUAAUCAAUUUUGAGUUCUACACCUCUAAAAUAAGAGUUAUUUUAAUUUAACAGCAUCUUAGAACAAAUAUAAGAAUAAUUUAUUUAAAAAAAUAUCUAAGAAUUUGCAAAAUUUUGGUGCAGUUACCAUCGCUCUUAUUUUUAAUAGCAAUAAAAGUCAAAAUUGACUAACAGGAUUGUCAGUAAGGUUGGUUUAAGUAUGUUUUUAGUUGCAUCAAAGUGAAAAAUAUAUAAAUUAGUUAUGCACAGUAGAUCUAGCGUAUUGUAAACGCAAUUUUAUUGUAAUGUGGAUUUAUUUUACCGUCGGUAUAUGCUCAGUUUAAUAUUAAUAUGGUAUCGUCUUAUUAUAGUUUGAAAGAACAUUGUUAGUCAUGUUUAAUUUAAGACUGAUAGUUCGAUUAUAGAUUUAUCUCCUUAAUUUAUUUUGUGUGCAUACGUAGAAAGACAUUUUUUACUGUGAAGAGGGUUUCAGUGUAUAUGAAAGAAAUGUAAAAGUUAACAAAUGUAAAUGUAAAAUGGAAAUAUGCAGACUGUUUAUAGUACGUUUGACUAUUCAAUUGUACCCUUAGUAUUAGUUUGCUUUACGUUAAACGAAAACGAAACGAAUUCAGUGGUCUGAUUGGCCGGUACGGACGAAACGACCAAUCAUGGCGCCGAACGCGCUCUAUUUCGAUCUCGUUAAUCGUAAAAUAAACUCGUAAUAAGCCCUCUGAUAUUAAUUGACGUUCUUUACUUUUUUUUGACAGGAUUUGAGGAUUGGUUCUAAUUAAAAAUUAUUAGAAUAUCUAAAGAUCGUUAAACAGUCUGCAUAGUUCUUUAUAUACAAUGAGGCAUCCAAUGUCUCGUAUUGAAAUGUUAUAUAUAAAAUGUGUCUAGUCUCCAAGAGUAAAAGUCGAUUGAGAUCUGUGUAUGUCAAUUAGAAAAGGAAAAGAAAUGACCAAUUUUAAAGUUGUUGAUUAGGAUGGAUAAAAUUUGGAGGAGUUUUGUAAUACGUUUGGUAGGUACACAGAGAGACGCGUGUCGAUGAUUUAUCCUCAAUGUGAUUAAUUAUUGUUUGACAGCUCAAGAAGUUUUCCAUUCAAUUUAAUACAUUUGAUUUUUUUUUUAAUAAUUAUCCGUUAAUGGUUGUGAAUAAUAUAAAAUAUUUGGUCGGUGAAGUCAUAUGCCUGUGAAAUCAGCAGCGGCACUGUGUAACCCUAGCCUUAGUAUAAUCCAGUGAUUGGACAUUGGCCUUAUUUUUAUCGCGCAAGCUUCAAUUAUUUCUGCUUGUCAUAAAAAGCUUAAAUAUUUGAUAGUGCUGCUCGUAAAUCGAUCACUUAAGAUAGUGCGGUGUCGCUGCGUAUCGAGUAUCGAUGUUUUCCACUCUAUUUGGCUGUAUGAGUGUCGCUUUUGUAAUUGUAUUCGUGUAAAAGCUGACAUAGACAUAGAGCACUGACUGUCACCGAUUAAAAAAGAAAAUAAAUAAUAUAACCCUUUGCAAUUAAUUGAUUCCAAGUUUGUAGUGAUCCGUUGUCAUGUCUCCAAAGCUUUUUGUAAGUUUAAUGUCUGUAUAACUAUUUAAAACAUUAUAUUCAAGUUAUAUAAAAGUCAAAAGGUUGAAUAUCAUUCAGAUAUCAACAUAAGUAAUAUCUUUUUUGUAUCGACUUGGAGAUGUAAGUCUGUUAUAUACCAAAAGUACUUUCCUACACGCUUCCCAUGAAAUAUGUAAUUCUGUAACUGUACUAAAUAGUGCGCAAUGUCAUGUAACACAUGACUUCUUCCAUCGUCUUGAUAAUAAAACCAAACAGCAACCAUAUAAA